UGACUUAAUCAAGACGCAAUUCUGCAAAGCACAUUCAGAAAUCAGAACCCGUAACGGUGCGACGCGAUUAUUCUUACAGUGAUUACUGCGUACUAUAUAUAUAUUUACCGGCAAUCAUGGCUAUUUCAUUGAGUACAGAAGACAAAUUGGAGUACAAAUUCUACCCAAUUUCUUCCCAGCAACUGCAAUUUCGCAUAAAAGCGCCUAACGAUGCCCACGUCGCUUUGACGGCUGGACCUUUUGAAGGAGAGCCUAUGUUUGAGAUUUUCAUCGGAGGCUGGAGCAACAGCAAGUCGGUUAUAAGGAAAAACCGCUCUAAGCCCGACGUUACCGAAGCUGAAACUCCUGCAAUUUUGGACGCUAAUGAAUUCCGUGGAUUUUGGAUCAGAUGGAACAACGGAGCCCUGAGUGUUGGAAAGGAAGGUGAACAUUCCCCUUUCAUGACCUGUAAUGACCAUGAGAUCGCUAUGAUUAAUCACUUCGGUGUUUGCACCGGAUGGGGAGCAAGUGGCGAUUGGUUAAUUGAAGCGAGGUGUAUCGGCGGUUAUGGGUCUCCAAACGCGAACGUGUCGCCUUCAGCACCUGCAGAAUUGGUAGCAGCUGGAAGUAUUUGCUGGUGCGAUGCCGCAGGAGGUUCAAUGCCGCCUGGCGCUGUCGAGGGUGGCCACGAUGGAGAGCCGCUGUUUGUUGGUCGUGCCAAUCAUGAAGGCGCGAUGAUUCCUGGGAAAGUUAAACCCAGCCAUGGGGUUUGUUAUGUUGCUUGGGGAGGUGAAGAACAUGGAAAAUCUGAUUAUCAGGUUUUGUGUGGAUGCAAGCCUCAAUGGGUAGCAACAAGCGGUGGAAACAUUCCCGCAAACGCAAUGCCCGCUGGCGAAACAGAAGACGGCGAGCCCUUGUUCGUCGGUCGCGUCAACCACGAAGGGACAGUCACCAUCGGGAAGGUUCAGGCUUCCCACAAUGUUUGCUACAUCGCCUACGCCGGGGCGGAAAUUCCGUUCCCUGAAUACGAGAUCCUCGUUGGCCAAUAAACAACUAACUAACUCCAAAAAAAAAA